AUGGAAGUACAAGAUAAUAUAAAUAAGCAUCAAACCCCAUUACCGCAAAAUACUACAAGUUAUGAGACGGAUCAUGGUGAAGAGGGCCAUGCCAAGCAGGAAACCAAUAAAAAUUCUCCAUCUUUAGGGGCCUCCUUAUUCGAUGAGUUCAUAUCAAAAGGUGACAAAAAUCUACAGGUAGAUACCAGUUCUUCUAAUUUCUUAGAUUCAGUCAUAUCGAAGGAUACAAAACAUGUGCAUCAUACUGAAAUAGACUCUGAUGCAGGGGAAAAGAAAUCAGUAUCGCCUGCAAAUAGAAAUGGCAUGUCGCCUCUGCUGUCUAAUAAACUAGACCAAUCAAAACAGCAAAUUCGCGUAAAUCAUAGUCAUAAUGUAUCAGGUUCAUCGUUGGGUUCAAAUUCAUCAACAACACACAGAACGACAUCCCAAGGUCAACAACAUCAAUUAUUAACACCAGUUAGAAUAUCGGAUGAUGAUCAUCCUUUAAAAGAAAAAGAUUUACAAUCUGCAAAUCUAAAUAGUAUACCUCAUAGAGCUUCACGAUCAGGAACUAUUAAUAAGAGAAAAUCACUGAUUAAACCAGUAGCAGUUAUCGAAUCAAAUGAUGAUAAUAUUUCUUUUUCAAAUACAGAUUCUAGAAUAUCUAAUAAAAAUAGCAACAAUCCAAACCUUAGCCACACUGUUCCAAUUGGAACUAUUAAUUCAACCUUGACGGGAAACUUAACCUAUGAUGAUUCUCUCAUGAUGCAUACAAGAACACAUUCAAGAGAUACUAGUAUAAAUUCUGCUGCUGGUGAAAUUAAUCCAUUAGAUAUUAGUGUUUUGUUACAAAACUUAGCUUCAAAGGAGAUAGAGUUGAUGGAAUCAAAGCAUCGAAUUGAAGAUUUAAAAAAGCAGAUUCAUAUGGAAAACCAAUUAUAUUUGAAAAAAUCAAAUGAGUUAAAUGAGCUAAAACUGAAAGUUAGUAAGCAUAUCAAUAGUCCGAUUCAAAAUCUAAAUUCAACAUUUUCUAAUUUUUCACUGACACCUACACCUACUCAACUUCAACCUCAGAUUUCACAUACUCAUCCAUCAAUACCAGAAUCAGAUGAAAGCCAGAACUCUAAUAAGAAACCAUUGAGUUUUAUAGAAGACUCGAAUAAUACUAAUGGCAUCAAUUUCAACAUCAAUGGUUCUACUGAGAACAAAAGAGUUUCCGUUGGUAGAUUUAUUUCUUCUGGAGGAAAUAAUAAUAUUGAUAUGAACCAUAAUUCAUCUAAUACUAAUAGCAUAGCACCAAUAAACGUUGAUCAUUUAUCUCUUCAUGCUCAAGAAACUCCUUCAAAAAUAAAAUCAACGGCAGAUUUUCACAAUAUACCAACACCACCUUCCCUGCAAACUGAACAAAAAUUUUCAGGUAAUAAUGUCAAACCUACAGCAUCAAAUAAUACAGAAAAAACUUCCAUGUGGAGUAAACCAUUUAGCAUGUUUUAUCAAUUCGAUCAGAGAAUGCAAAAAGAAUUACAAAAAUCUCUAGAUUGGGAUGAUACUUCAACUUCUAAUUCACCUGUUCCUUCAAGAGGUGCUUCAGCAACUCCUAUUGCAAAUAUCAAUGAAACUCUGAAUCCCAUUCCAAAUACUAGUACUAAUAAUGAAAACAACCCCAUUAAAACCAUGGAUAGCAUACCUCCUUCAAGAUUUGCAAACGAUCUAAAAAUGACAGUCUCAAAUGAUCCGUCUUUUGACCAAUACUUUGAUAAUGUCCAAAACGAAAAUAAUUUAAAUAUUUCAAAGCAGCGAGAUGAAAGCAAGUCUAAUACUGUUACGGGCUCUAUAUGGAGAAUUGUAAGUGGCGUUAAAUCAGGCUUAUCUAAGCCAAAUAGUAACGACACAACUGGCUUAAUUUCACAAUCCGAAGAUUCAAGUGACCAUAACAUAUUAAAUGAAUUAAAGCCAAUCGAUCAUUUAAGUUUAAUAGUUCAUAAUUCAGAUCUUAAAUUUCCUACCAAAUCUACUGAUGAAAAACUACAGCCUGCCAAUGAAGAAUUACACACUUCUAAUGAAACUGAAGGUAAUGAUCUUCAUAAACAUAUUGUAAAAAAUUCAGAGCUAGAAGGACAAGAGUUGAUGAGAAGAAGAAAGAAAAAAGUUAUUGAGAUGGUUGACUUUUAG